GUAGAAAACAACGAAAGCAAAAAGUAACUAGGAAAAUGUAAGGCAUCCUCGCCUUGUCAAAAAAUGUGGGCUAUUUAGUUGUAGUGGAGGUUAUUUCUUUUUAUUAACCAACUUAUCGGUCUAUUUGUGCUUUUAUCGAGAGGUGGGCAUACAAUGGACCUUCACAGUAGAUUUAAAUAACAAACACACUAACUUUCUUGGUGAUUGGGAUAUUGCACAAUUUCAAUUAAAUCAAAACAUAAAAAUAAAAAAAGGUAGUGGGUUGCAUGUAAUAAAAUAAAAAUUCACCGGUUACGGUGCAAUAAUAUUCUAGUCAAAAUCAAAAAUAUUACCAAAUAAUUAAAAAAAAAAUUAAACACCAAUGACUUACGCUAAAGCCAAAGAACGCAAAUAUAAAUGCGAAAUUUGUAAUAAAAAAUUUUUGGGCAACAAUGACCUAAGAAAACAUUAUCGUAUUCACACAAAUGAACGCCCCUACGUUUGUAAUGAGUGUAAUAGAGGUUUUAGGCAGGCUGGUUCACUUAAAAAUCAUAUCGCUUCGCAACAUUCUCCAGGUUUACAAAGUAGUGAAAUUUACAUAUGUAAUUUUUGUGAAAAAGCCUUCCCUAUAAAAGAAAGAUUAAGAUUACAUCUAAGAGUUCACACCGGACACAAACCGUACUCUUGUGAUAUGUGCGAUAAAACAUUCGCAAGAGGCGGCCAAUUGGUUCAACAUAAACGUUCGCAUUCGGGUAUAAAACCAUAUCAAUGCGAAGAAUGUAAUGCGACGUUUACAUGUUCCGCCAAUCUAAAAUUACACACAAAAAGGCACAAAGAAAUACGAGAUUACGUUUGUGAUAUAUGCGGAAAAUCGUUUUUCCGUCGAGACGCGCUAAAAAAACAUUUGGAUUGUUUCCACCAGAAUCUGAAACAAUUUCAUUGUAAAAUAUGUAACAAAGAUCUGAAGGGGCAUUUGCCUCAACAUAUGAGAACGCACAAAAAAGAUAAACCUCACGGUUGUGCUCAUUGCGGCGCAAGAUUUGCGCAAAGAUCGCAAUUAACAGUCCAUCAAAGAAUUCACAGUGGUGAAAAACCAUAUCGAUGUCAAGUUUGUUGGAAAGCAUUCGCUCAUUCAACGGCAUUAAAAUUACAUACUCGUAGACACACCGGUGAGAAACCGUUUAAAUGCGUUUUGUGUGAAAACAUAGCAUUCGCUCAAUUGCCUCAUUUAAAAAAACACAUGCUCUGUAUUCAUAAAACGAAUAAACCUUACGUUUGUGCUUAUUGUAAAGGUUAUUAUAAAACUAAAAUCGAAAUGGAAAAUCAUUACGGAAGUUGUAAAAUGUAUCAAAAACUGCCAAAGAUUGAAUCGAAUCCGGUUAGUAAACCGAUUGAACCUCCGAUGGCGAUUGAAAGGAUGAGAUUUUUACUUGCCAUUUUAUUGAAAAAAAUCUCGGAUCCGGAGAGAUUGGAAAAAUUGGGUUUUAAUAAACGAUUAAUUGAUGACGUAUUGAUUGAGUCAAUACAAAGCGCUGGACGUGAUCCUUGCACAGACUGCGAUAUUUCUAUUGCCGAUAAAUUGAAAAAGAAUGUACAAAUAUUACUUGAAUGGACCGUUCCUAAGGAAUAUAUGGAAAAAUUUCGAAUAGAACAACGUUCUACUGAGGAAUUAUUAGAAGAGUUAACGUCUUAAUACUAAUUUUUUAUCAUUUAUUUUUUUUAAUUCAUUUUUUUUAUUUAUACGAUAUAGUUCCUUGUUAAUUAGUAGUAGUUAACUAUUUGGUAAUUAGAUGUUUUUUCUUUUCUAUUUAUAUUUAAUACUGUUUAUAACUAGAAAUGUAUUUAUAGUAGUUUUAUUGGUUUUUAAAACUAAUAACAAACCUUCAAGUUGGAUUAAUAUUAUAUAAUUAGAAUCGAUUUCUAUUUAAAUCUGCCACCAAUUAACCUAACUUGAAUAUUUUUAACCCUUUAACAUACAAUUUUUACUUUAAAUUAUUAAUUGUUUUAUCUUGUAAGAAAUUAAUAAGACUGCCCGAUAUGAUAUUUAUUCAUCGGUUCUUUUUAAUUGUGAUUGAUUUUCUUUCAUUUAAAAUGAAGGAAUACAAUUUGGAAAUCCUGAUUUGAUAUGGAGGUUACUAUUUUUAUCGUCAGUGUAAACUCCCGGUUUCUUAAUCAACAAGCAGAACUUACUUUUUACUUUUUCAUUUCAUAAUUCAUUUCUACCUUCGUUUUAACUAAAAUAAUUUUUUAACAUAAAAUAUUGUUGAACAUCAAUGAAUUUAUUGGUGUUUUUCAGCAUUUCUGUUUGGAUCGUCGAAACAAGUGAGGUUGGUAAUUUAAUCAGCACAUUUUCUAUGGGUUUUAUCUAUGUUAGACGAUUAUCCCGUCUAAAGGAAUUUCAGAAAUGUAAUAACUUCGGGAAUAAAACUGUAAAUCUUAUUUGCCUAUUUUGACAACUUUUUGACGAGGGCAAGAAGGCUCAAGAAACUUACCUACUUGUAACUAAUUGAGCUAUUCAAUAAUAUAGCGGAAUAUUAAAAAAAAAUGGAUACAUAGUUAACAAUAAUCUACAUGAUCACAAAUUCUAAAAAAUGUUUGAUCCCAUCAAAGCUUCGUUUUACUGUUUUCAUUUUUCUUUUCCAUGUGUAACAUGAGCACGUCUUAAAUGAUAUGGCUGGGAUGCUCUCUUUUGGCUGGGUCUCUUUUUCUGUCCAUACUCAAAACGUAUAUCAUAUGCUGCGCAAUUCCAGUUGUCAUAAUGUUUUAAUAACUAUUAUUCAUGACAGUUUUGUUUGUUUCGAACAUCAUUCACAUUCUGCAGUAAUUUCAUAAUGAGUUAGAAGAAUUGGAUGACUAAGUUGAUUGUGAAACCAGGCGUAUGUAUUGCUCUAUCAAGAAAAAUAUCACUUCCAAGGUGAAUAUUGAAAGAAAAAAUAUGUGAUUGUGAUUGAUUGACCUAAUAAUAUUGUUUCUACCUAAGAUUUGUUUGGAUUGGGGAAAUUUAUGCAUUAAGCAUGUUUGAAAAUCGUUCUGAACCUCUGCUUUUUUCACUACUCCUCUUCAGUCCUCCCUGUAAAGUGUUCGACGGCUCCAUUUGCACGGUCGUCCAGGAAGUGUCGACCCCCAGGUUUCUGUCGGUAUGCUCUUCUUAACGCCCACUCUUUCAACAUUCCCUCCAUAUGGCCAAGCCAUUUAAGUCUGGCAUUCCUGACUUCGAUUAUAAGGGGUGGCUUAUCACAUCAUUGGUAUGCUCCUUCGUUUUUGCCGAUCUGCCACAAAACACCAUCCCGAGUAAGGCCAUAAAUUCGUCCGAGAAUUUUUUUCUCCCACUUGUCCAGGUGUCACUCUUCCUUCUUGGCUAGUACCCAUGUCUUAUAGGCGUACUUAACCAGUGGACGCAAGAGCGUUUUAUAAAUUUCCAGCUCGUUGUUGCGCUAAGAGGGAUCCCACGUUUACAAACGAAUAUUCGCCGAUAAUAACAGUUGCUGCAUCCCAGUCCAUCUCUAGACAUGAGCAUAUAUUUUGUCUUAUUCUCGUUAACAUGGAAGUCAGUCAUCCUCGACUCCCACUUCAUCUCCCGUAGGCUUGUGCUCAGUUGCAUUUGUCCUCUGCGUAACAAGUACUAAGACUAACGAUAAGACCGUAGCGAAGUAUAUGCUUGAAUGCAGCAAAAUUCGUUCAUAUACAGGCCCGGUAGAAUAAAUGAUUAAUCUUUAAACUUUUAUUCAAAAAUCAUACCGAAAUUUCUUGAGGUAAGAUGGAAAUUUUAUUUUGUAAAUAAUACAUCAAUUAUUUUCCUUCUCUUUUUUGGGACUAUUAUAAAGCCUUCAAGUAAAGUAAAAAUUCUGCUAAACGUUGCGGUCGAUUGGAAAACUGUUUUGACUUUAAGUAGCUUUAUAGAACGUUCACAAGAUAGAUCUUGUUUCAAUUGUACCGAUCAGUUGUGGUUCUCGAAUUUAGAAAUAACACAACCUGGAAACAUUCUUUCUAAACUAUUAUAGUUUCUGGAUCUACUGAAACUAUAUUCUUCAAAACUGUACUUCAAUAUUAUGAACCCGUUGAUUAAAACGCGCGAUGCUUGUCUUUGACUUUAAUGUUGCAAUCAUUUUCCUCAUGCAUAUCUCAAAAUUAUCAUAUACAAUAACUUUUUCUUAAAGUUGUUGAGGGGUUUUCAUCGUCAAUACCGAAAUAUCAAAAGUACUGUUUGUUAGCAUAACCAGAUAUCUGAAUUUUCAGCUAAUAGUCAGAAACGUUCAUAAAUAUUAAAGUGCGUUCUAAAAUCUUGAAGGUUCCUAUGAUUUAAAUAUCGUAUGAAUGGCUGAUAUGUAAUUUAUGGGAAGUGGUUGAAAAAUGUUGUUGUCUAAAAUCACGUGUGAUAUCGUGGUUCAUUUUCGCGGGAUUGAUAUUUUAUGUCAACUGAACUUAUUAGAUGACCCACGUCCUUAAUGGAAGAGAUCUUUCAAGAGCGACUUGGACUCUAGGUGAUGAUUCUAAUCUAACAAUUGCAUUAAUGAAAUGUUAAAAUUCAUUAUAUCAAAAAAAAGCAUACAAACUUGAGCCCUCGAAAUUGGAGCUUAGAAAAAAGUAGGUUUGAAAUCUGAGUGUUUCCCAUAAACUACAUAUUCCCCAUAAGAAUGAAAUUGUAAUGCGUUUAUAAUGUGGUUAGUAUUACUGUUAGAACGAUGAGUUGAGCUAUGUUAUUUAGUAGUUUAUCUAGUAUUUUGUAAGGCCUCACCUUUCAACAUUUUCUUGAGUGUGUACAUAGGGAGUUCUUCCUUUAAAUACUUCUGUGGUACAAAAACACGAUACUGCUUCUUGUAAAUUUUUGUAUCCACUUUGUAAUUGUUAUUUGAGAAGUAACUAGAUCCUCAGAGGAUAGUACAGAUUUAGUAAAGACCAAGUAAAGUAUAGACUACAGGUUUAGUAAAUAUUGUUAUUAAUAUAAGGUUCUUAUUUUUAAAAUAAACCCCAAACACAAAAAGAAGCGUUUGUUUAGUGCAUAACAAAUGUAAUCAUAUUCGUAAUCUUUGUCGUAUUUACUUUGUCAACUCAUCUCUAUUUAUUACGAAAGUGAGUUAUAAAUCCGCUACUUUCUGUAAACCGAAAUUAUCACCACUUCUGUAUGUUCUAAUAGUUUGUUUAUUAGUAUAUGUCAUAAAAAAAAAGCAGGUUUUUAUUGCUAUUUUCCAGUUUUCUUUUGAUAACAUAAAUGAUAACAUAAAAAAACUGGAAAAUAGCAAUAAAAAACUGUUUUUUUUUUCUAUGACAUACUAAUAAACAAACCAUUAGAACAUAUAGAAGUGGUGAUAAUUGAAUGUUAAUUAUCAUGUUAAUGAUAAAUGAUAACAGAAAUCACCAACAGACAUUCUUGGCUCACUAUACAAUAUUGUAUAAUGUACUACCUUUGACCCAUUGUCUAUUUCUCUUAUUUCAUAUUGUUGUUUCUAUGUUGUUUCAAAUUUGCAAAAUAUAAUUACCAAAAUAAUAGUGUUGUCUUGCAGAUAACGUUUACCAUAUUAAUCUCUCUGCAAUAGUUUUUUCCAAAACUGCUGAAUUUCUAAAUGGUACAUUUCCAUGAAAAAACCUACAAAUUGUCCACAUUAGAAAAGAUGCUGUACAGUAUGACACUUUGCUUUGAAAAAGAUUGGCGAUAACGCAUAUCGCAGCAAAAUUUUAAUAAUGCUAGCGAAAUUUUGGAGACUGUAUGAGGAAAUCUAGUACAAAGAAAGUUUUUUUUCGAUCACUAGAAUGAGUUUGCAAUGUGUGACCUAUCUAUUUUAGUACAUUUUUUUGGCAUGGGAUAGUCAAAGACUGUCGGUUGCUUCUGUUGGUAUUGAGUUCAAACUCAAACAAAAAAUUUUUAUUAUUCUUUCUUGCGUUUUUUCUUGACUGGGCUAUAAGACUGUUAUUUCUAGUUCUUGUAUAUGAGUCACCAACAACCAUUUCGCUACGGUUUACUUGAAAUAUAAGUUGCUGCGUAAAUGCACCUCACUCCUGCGGAAAGUUAUAAAUAUUAGAAUACAGCAGGAAGAAGAUGUCAAAAAUUAUAAGUAUUUCGUUGUUUCAUAGACUUUCAUACACUUUUUUUCAUAGACGCUCAUACUUCAAGCAUCUAUGAAAUCAUCAAUUUCAAAAUAUUUAGAUAUUUAUUAUAUUAGAAUCAACCAAAAAGCUUUAAAAAAUUCUUGAAAAUUUUACCGCAUGCAGAUAUCAGGAUUUUCAAAUUGUUGAUUUUUCUUUAUUUGAGGUUGGCAGGAACCACACACAACUAAGAUGAACUGAGAACCAUAAAUAGUACAAUUUGUUGAACACAAUAAUUCUUCAAAAGGAGUCGAAGCUGUUUCUAAACGUAAACCUUUGGUAUAAUCAUUUAGAAAUAUUUUUGAUGCUAGAAUAUUUCAAAAUAUUAACUAAAAUUCAAAUACAUUAAUAAAUUCAUGAAACCUUUCCAUUUUAAUGUAAAAUGAUGCCAAGCAUAUUUAACAUGUUAAUCUCCACAUUGGAGAUUUAAAUUGAUUUUGGGUUAUAAAUGAUAUUUUCUAUUAAAUUUUAUAUAAUUUUUACGUUCACAUGAACUUGUUGUUUAUAUGUAAAUUUGCCCAAAUAUUUUUUUUAUUUUCAAUUUUUAUGAUUGUAAACAUCGAUAAACUUGGUAACUUUUAAAAAUUAUUUUAGUAAAAAUCUAGAGGGUGUUCUGAACGUUCUUUAUAUCAUUUACCACACAUGAAAUAGAACCGUUAGAUGAAUAUAAUUCUUGUUUAUUAAUUUUUGAAAUGAAAUCAGAUGUAGUUUUUAAUCAGGUUAGAAAGUGUUUUGUUGUUUGAUAUAAGACAAAAUGAUCGAAAUUCUUAAACAUUUUUCAAACCUACAUCAUUUCCAGCUAUAUCUUAUGUUCCCAUAUAAGGAAGAUGGUUUUAGUCUAUCUUUUUCAGCUUUAUUGUCAUUUGUGUUUUUAAUUGCACAAAUUAGUUAUUAACCCUAGAACGCAAAAAAGAAGUUAUAAAAUGAAGAACAAAAUUUUCCAAACUUUUUUAACCUUACUUUAUUGGCACAAGUUUUGGCUUAAACAUUUUAACAAAUGCAUACACUGACGACUGCUUGUUGUAAUAUUCAGAAAAAUCCAUCUUACCGAUAAUUCCUAAGAAAUAUGAUUUUUUACAAAAAGUUCAAUCAAUGGGACAAAUCUUUACCAAUAGUCAAUAGUUAUUUCUGUCAUGAAUCAUGAAUGAGGCUCAGUACUAAUACUUUUCUAAAAUAAUAUUCUGGCAUAUUAUCACGUAUCAAUAAUCCUUCCAAUAUUUAUUUUUUCUAAUAUCUUAUUGAUACUCAUGAGUCAAACAACUCCAUUCUAAUUUGUUAUCUUUCACCGUUAGUUUAAGAUCAUCCACAAUUGCGCUAUUGAAAAGAAUUGGAAUGUAAUGAAUUGCAAAUGUACGUUAAGGGUUAAAGUUGUUUUCAAGCAAAAAACUAAUUAUAGAAUAUAGACCCUCAGUGUCUGUUCUAAAAAUAAUUCGUUUCUUUGUUGGUAUAAAUCAUAUCUAGUUUACUAUUUUGCUCUAUAUUUGCCUCCUGAUCUAUCAAUCAUCAAACGUUGCGUUUAGUUGUUGAUCUACUUAAACACCAAAAUGAGCCAAAACGUAAUUAUAAAAUAGGUUACGAAAAUAUUGUUGCGCUUCUGGACGCAAAACAAACAGAACAAAUUGUAUUGGUAUAACAAAAUAAAUGGUACAUGUAGCUUAUGACCAAAAGUCCUUUCAGGGAUCAUAAAUUGGCUUGGAUUCGUAAUAUCACUAUAUUGCACCUAGUCUUUGCCUUGAUAGCACUUCAAAUUUUGUAUUUAUUAACAAAAAAUCUUGAUUAAUAAUUGUCUACACUAUAAACGACGAAUCAUCAACGGUUUCAUAUCCAGUCAGUAUAUUAGGCAUUUUUAGUAAUGAGUGAUAUGCAAGAAGUGAAAUAAUAUGUAGCUCUUCUUUUUCCUCUCUAAUAAUUACAAACUAUGUUCAAUUUACAAUCUUCUCAAUAUACUUGGUUUUUCUGUCCAAAAAUUUCUGAAUUAUAGGCAUUGAAUUUUACAUAUACAAAACACUGUGCAUCGUUUUGAAUAAAAUUCUGGGGUACGUCCUUUGUGUAAGUAAUUUCCUAUAUACGAAAGACUUUUAAAAUUUACUUUUCGUUGUCAUUAUACUUUUAAUAAUUUUUUUUCAAAGCUUUGCCAAUAAAGUCACAUAUACUAUCAGUAUCUGUUUUGCUAUAACCAAAAGAUGUUUUUAAAGAAUACUAAUAAAUCUUACAGUUAAUAAUUUUUUAAAUCUUGUAAUAUACAAAUUAUUCUUUGUGGCGUUGAUUUCUUUUCAACUGUUAUACCUCUAACCGUUUUCAUAAUCAAUACUUUCAACCAAGUUGAUUACUAUUAGAUUGAAAAUGCAUGUUAAUGUUUGCAAUAUAAUUUACUUUAUCGAUUAUUAUUAUUAUGGAUGAUAUAGGUCUUUGAAUUCAUUCGUCCGAAAGAAAUAAGGAAGUCUUGGUUGUGGUAGGAAAAGAUCACUGCGGGCGGUGUUCCAACAAUAAUAAACAACAGUAAAUGUCCCUUAUAUGCUUUCCUAGGAGCACAACACUUUUUUGCCAGUCCAACACAUCUUUUUUUUGGUCCAUUCAAACAAUUUCUUCAUACAUAUUUUUCUUUUUAUCUGGAUUUGCGAUCGCGCUCAUUAAAUUGUUUAGUAACAGUUUUAUGGAAAAUAGUGACUCCACGGCACUUCAGAAUACUGAAAUCCUUUUCUGUUUGUGAUUUUUUAAGUUGUUUGUACUAAAAAUCGGUCUUCUCUAACAGAUGUCUAGAUAAUCUUUUCCUAUUUUAGGUUUUGAUUAGACUCGCUUGGUUUCGCCAUAUUUCCUAUACGUUGUUUGAACUGCGAGAUAUGAGUAGGUACUUGCCAUUUGUACUUGAGUCAAUCCUCAGUUCUUGAUUUUUAAGUUUUAUUUUAGAUCAGAGAAACUUCUACUCGGGCGGCGAAGAAAACUAUUAAAUGGUACACAAACAUGUAUUAAACACGUCCAUAUUCAUCGAAAUCAACUAAUCAUCUAAACAUUUUUAUGAGUCAUACUUUUGUUUCAAGGUUUUAAAGCUUCUACAAUGUUCUUUCGCUAUAUCAUUUUAAAAAAAUUUUACAAUAAACAGGUUUCCUAAUACUUUUGUCAUCAUUUAUGAGGAUAUUACCAUGUUAUAUACAGGCUGUUUCUAAAUUGAUGCGAAAGAUUUCAAGGUGUAAUUUUUCAGCAGAAUUAAGGGGUGCCUUUCAUAUAACUUUUUGUUCAAAACCCCUUCUCUUCCAAGUUAUAGCCCUCUAAAGUUAAGGGA